AUGACAGCAAUGUGGUGUGGUGCAAAUGAGUGCUUUGUGUUAAGUUUCUCGCAACUGGUUUGCUUUUACUCCCUCUUGCAGGAGAAGGAUAGCACAAAAAUGAGCUCACGUGACAAUUGUUGUACGCAAUCUACUGCGUGCUGGCUCAAGACGAUCAAGUUGUGGUGUUUGCUGAGUCUGACUUGUUAUAUGCACUGUUGUUGA